AUGACGAAGAAGAAAGUGACAAUGAGGACGUCAAGAGAAAGUCAAAGCAAGAGGAAGUCGAGGAUGACGAUGAUGAAGAAAACGAUGAUGACGAUAAGACGAGAGGAGGCUGAGGAAGAUGAUGAUGACGAGCAAGCCGAGGAUGACGAUGUAAAGAGAAAACUGAAGCAAGAAGCUGAAGAUGAUGAAGAAGAUGAUGAUAAUGAAGCGGACGACGGUGAAAGGAGAUUGAGACAAGAAGAAGGUGAGGAAGAUGACGAACAAGUAGAUGAAGAGACUAAGAGGAAACAGAGACAGGAGGAGGUUGAAGGGGAUGAUGAUGAUGAUGAUGUAGAUGAGGAAGAUGAUUUAAAACGUCAUAAACGCUCCGUCAAACAAGAAGAAAUUCAAGAGGAUGAUGAGGAACAAGACGAGGAAGAAUCGAAAAGACAAGAAGAAAUAGAUGAUGAAGAUGUUGAUGAGGAUGAAGACGCAGAUGAGGACGUCAAAAGACAGGAAGAAGUUGGUGAUGAAGAGGAUGGUGAAGAUGAUGACGACGAGGAGGAGAAGAAGCGCCAAGAAGAAGUUGAUGAAGAAGACGUAGAUGAAAAUGAGGAACAAGAUGAUGAGCGUCAGAAGAGAGGAAGAAGAUCAAUUAAACAAGAAGAGAUGGAUGACGAAGACGAAGACGAGGAAGAGGAACAAAAAAAGCUAGUAAAGCAAGAAGAAAAAUAG